UGUCAGCGGACUGGGCGGCGGAGGGAGGAAGACUCGAGGCCCGGUCAUGAGCGGCCAGCAGGGCCCGGUCUUGCUGGCCUCCCUGGGGGUCGGGCUGCUGACCCUCUUGGGCGUGGCUGUGGGAGCCUAUUUCUAUCGGAGGUCCCGAAACGGGCUGGUCACUCUCCUGGACCCCAAUGAGAAGUACCGGCUGCGACUCAUAGACAAGACUACCGUAAGCCACAACACCAAGAGAUUCCGCUUUGCCCUGCCCACUCGGGACCACAUUCUGGGGCUGCCCGUGGGCCAACAUGUGUAUCUCUCGGCCAAUAUUGACGGCAACCUGGUCAUCAGGCCCUACACUCCUGUCACCAGUGAUGAGGACAAAGGCUAUGUGGAUCUUGUCAUCAAGAUCUAUCUGAAGGAUGUGAAUCCCAAAUUUCCAGAAGGAGGGAAGAUGUCUCAGUACCUGGAUAGCCUGAAGAUGGGGGAUGUGGUGGAGUUCCGGGGACCCAGUGGCCUACUCACUUACACUGGGAAAGGGAAUUUUAACAUUCAACCCACCCAAAAGUCACCUCCAGAACCCCGAGUGGCAAAGAACCUAGGAAUGAUUGCGGGAGGAACAGGAAUCACCCCAAUGCUGCAGCUGAUCCGAGCCAUUCUGAAAGACCCUGAAGAUGGCACUCAGUGCUUUCUGCUUUUUGCCAACCAGACUGAAAAUGACAUAAUCCUUCGGGAUGACUUGGAGGAACUGCAGGCCCAGUAUCCUAACCGCUUGAAGCUCUGGUUCACUCUGGACCAUCCACCAGAAGAUUGGGCCUACAGCAAGGGCUUCGUGACAGCUGACAUGAUCCAGGAACACCUGCCUGCUCCGAAGGAUGACGUCCUGCUUCUGCUCUGCGGGCCACCCCCAAUGGUGCAGCUGGCCUGCCACCCCAACUUGGACAAACUGGGCUAUUCGAAAAAGAUGCGCUUCACCUACUGAGUGCCCCAUAGUUUCUUCAUUCUCUAUGGUUGUUCCCACACAGUAUUCAAAUGCCAUAAGCCUUUUCUGAU